AUGUUUAUUAUUCUAGAGAAUUUUCCAUGCAUUGUAAUGCAACUUCAAAACAGUUUGAAUUUAAAUUUAUUGUUCCAAAGAACAUUAAAACUGGUAAUGUUAGUACAAUUUCAUAAGAUUCUUUGGGAAGUAAUAGUUAUACAAAAGUUUUGCAUUACCUUCUGCAUAUCAGUUAAGAGUUGCUUAAUCAAAAAAUCAUUGGGCUUUAUGGUAAAAAGAAAAUUAUGGAAUUUAUUAGAAAUUAAAUUAAAAGCAGAUGAAUAUAUUGAAAAAAGCUUUUUUAGAGAUACAAUAGCAUUAGCAUUCAGUUUAAAAAAUAGUUAUAGUAACAAUAAUACAACAACAGCAGCACCAGAACCUACAACAUUCAUUUUAAAAAAUAGUAAUAGUAACUAUAAUUUAAAUAGUAGUAUUAGUGAAUAUAGCAAUCUAAAUAAUAACAGUACCAGUUUAGCCCGAAGCGCAAGUUGUAGUAGUAUAAGCAGUUGUAAUAGUAAUGAUAUCAAUGGGAGUAGCAGUAGUAGCGGUUGCAACAAUAAAAACAGUAAUAGCUUUUUAAUUAAUAAUGAGACAUUAGAUAAGUUUCAUUCAAACAGAGCGGACCACCCAAAGAUUACCUAUGAAGUUAUAAAGAAAUGUCUCAAGUAUUCAAAUAUUAAAGAUAUAGAAAAACUAUUUAGAGCAAUCAGUACAUAUUCUGCAGGUAUACCAUUCAAUAAACUCUCAAUCAGUUUUAUAUGGAAGAAAGGAUUAAUAUGUCAUUCAGUUACAGAAAGAAUAGAUAAAGAACGUAUUGAAAAAGAAAUAAACUAUAAUUUUAAAUAA